UCCUCCUUAGAGGGCAGCAGCAGAGCGUGUCGGGGACGCAUGCGUCCCCAUUUGCGCCCGGGGAAUUAAAAGAAAAGAGGGGGGAAAAAGCCCCAGCGCAACACGCGCCCCAAACAAAACCUAAGUGCAGGAAAGCGCGCGGCCGCGCAGACCUGGGCCGUGCAGGCGUCUCGGCCUCGCCCGCGUCCCCGGCCGCGGCGUGAUGCGCACGGACUGGCCCGCGACGCCCGGCCCCGCGACUGUCCCCGCACCUGGACGCCGGCCGGGUGGCCGCGCCCCAGCCGCGCUCGCUCGCCGCCGCCGCCGCCGCCGCGGCCGUCUCCCAGUGUGCCGGCGCCGUGGGGCACCUCGCUCCCCAUGGGGCCGCGGGACUGGCUGAGGACCGUGUGCUGCUGCUGCCCGUGCAGCUGCCUGGAGGGGCCCGCCGUGCCCGAGAAGGAGCCCCUGGUCAGUGAUAGCAAUCCAUAUUCUUCAUUUGGAGCAACGCUGGUGAGAGAUGAUGAAAAGAAUUUGUGGAGCAUGCCUCACGAUGCGUCCCACACAGAGGCAGACGACGACCGAAUCCUGUACAAUUUGAUAGUCGUUCGAAAUCAGCAGGCCAAGGAUUCAGAGGAGUGGCAAAAACUCAACUAUGAUAUCUACACCCUGCGACAGAUUCGAAGGGAAGUGAGGAAUAGGUGGAAACGCAUUUUAGAAGAUUUAGGUUUUCAAAAGGAAGCAGAUUCUUUGUUGUCAGUGACGAAACUCAGCACCAUCAGUGAUUCCAAAAACACAAGGAAAGCUCGGGAGAUAUUGUUAAGAUUGGCUGAGGAAACCAAUAUUUUUCCAGCAAGUUGGGAGCUCUCGGAGAGAUAUCUCUUUGUUGUGGACCGUCUUAUUGCUCUUGAUGCAGCAGAAGAGUUCUUUAAAAUUGCCAGUCGAACUUAUCCCAAGAAACCUGGGGUCCCAAACCUGGCAGAUGGCCAGAAAGAACUGCACUACCUUCCAUUUCCAAGUCCCUAAAGGAGAGGCUGGGAGGCAGAGCUGGGAUUCCCCCACGGGGACACAACAGCCAGCCCAAGUGGGACAAAUGCAUACAGGAGACCGUAAGCACGUGGAGGGCCAGUUAAGUGAAAAAUGAUUCUAAAUCCUAUAAAAAACUAGGGGUUUGGAUAUCUGGUCUUCAUGAGGAUGCCACUGUAGGAAAAAUUCAGGUUGCAUUGAAACAGCCUGGUGAUCUUGCAUCAGGGAGUUAGGGUGAUAUUUCCUCAUGGGGGAUUGGAUUUCAAGAGCCCAUUGUCCCCAUUUGGGUUUUGGUUGUACAAUAAACUCUUGUCACCAAGCCUAUUGGGGGAAUGGGGUGCUCUAGUCAGGAAAACAAUAAGAUUGAUAGAGCUAUUGUUGAGCCCAAAUAUGGAUUACUGAAUUUUAAAUAAUUAUUAUAUAAUAUAGGCUAAUGCCAAAAUAACGCCGGGCAUUAUGUGACCUUUCUUGGAUUUGGAAGAUCCUCCAGGACCUUGGAGGUGUCAGAGGCAUCAUUUUGAAUAUGAGUUAUGUAUUCAGAGGUUUAGACAUGGUAGAUGAUGGGAAUAUCUAAGAGUGCUGCUCAGAAGGGAGUUCCAAAUAGGUCGAUCCCAGGCAGAGCUUCCUUCAGCUCUUGUCUUCAGUUGUGGGACCCGCGUCUUAAAUUCUAAAUAUUAGCAAUACCUGGUUACCUCAUUUUUGCAUACUGUCCAUUUCUAGACCCCAAGCCCUUGAUAUUUUAUCUGGAAUAGCAUCUGUACACUGGAAUGUUUGACCUCCACUUCCUUCUCUUCUCUUUAAUCUGUUUCUGGCGUCUUGGCUGAGAGUUGUACCUGCCCAGUGACCUUUAGCACAGACUUGUGUCUCUGCGUCUGCAGGCAAUAUUGCACGGAAGAAGGUCAUUGCUGUACUUUCUUCCAUUCAGAAGAGGAUUUCCAAGAUGGAGCAGUGCUGAAUUACAGCUUGCUUCUAGCCACAGACUGAGAAGUCCAGCCUCAAAAGUUAUUUGCCACUUAAGCAAGGAGGUUGCCAGGAAAUCAUGGUUCAUGUUAUUGAAAAGACUUUCAGAACCUGUAGGAUUUACCCAUAGAUUGCUGAGAACAAUGGCGAUAUUUUUACUUUUACAGACUUUGCUCUUCUAACUUCAGGUGAAAAGGAACUUGAAUUAGUCUGUCCAGGGGAUCAUGACUUGAAAACUUUCUGAUUAGCUCUUUCGGUAGUGCACACAAUGUUUGAAGUAUCUGUUAGAGGAGACACACAUUCUCCAUUUAUUAAUGCAUUGUAGACCAGAUUAACUGACAUGUUUCAGGAAGAUUCUUUCUAGUUUAGCAACUAAGCUAAAAGUUUUAUUUUUUAUAUCUAAUGCUUAAUCUCUCUCUUGUGUUGUUUAAAAUUAGCCUGCAGAUAAUUUCCCUCACUUCUGUAGGCUCUCGCGAGAUAAACAUAUAAACAGUGAAAUAAACAAAUAAAAACAAAAAUGAACAAAAA